AUGUCAGCAACUAACACACUGACAGGGUGGAGAGAGAGAUAGAUGAGAGAGGGGGGGCACUCAGGGGUGUGUCUUAUACAUUUAGUCCCUCAAGGAAGUACAAGACAAAUUAUCUUGUUACAGUGGUGUGAGCACAAGACCGAGUUUGUGGAGUAGUUUUCUUUGAUUUCACCUGUCUGAGGAGAUUUUUUCAUCACUCUCACGCUGGAUUUCAACCUGAUCUGAGCGCAGAGGGAGGACAGAGCGACUGAACAGAAGAGGGAGAGUGAACAAGAGAAAAGCCAGACAUGGAGGCGUUCAGCUCCAAGGACAUGGUGCUCAAGGCCCAGAAAAAGAUGCUGAGCCAAAUGGCCAACAAGACUACAGUGCAGAUGUUCAUCGAUGAAACCAGCAGCGAGAUUCUAGAUGAGCUUUACCGUGUGUCAAAGGAGUACACUGGGAACCGCUCAGAGGCCCAGAAAGUGGUGAAAGACCUCAUUAAAGUAGUGGUGAAGAUAGCUGUCCUUUUCAAGCACAAUCGAUUCAAUGAUGAGGAGCUAAAGAUGGCCCAGGAUUUCCAAAAGAAACUGCACCAGGGAGCCAUGACGGCCAUCAGCUUCAACGAGGUAGAUUUCACCUUUGACAAAGCGGUUAUGUCAGAGAUCCUGAAAGAAAGUAGAGACAUGCUUCUGAAGCUUGUAAACACUCACCUCACAGCAAAAUCCCACGGACGCAUCAACCACGUCUUUAACCAUUACGCUGACCCUGAGCUCCUCACCGAGCUUUACAACCCAUCCGGGCCUCUCAAACCCCACCUCACCAAAAUCUGCAACGGGCUUAACAAAUUGCUGGAGGACGGGACGUUAUGAGGAUGGCAAAGCAUUGAAAGACUUUUACAGGAUUGGCAACCACCCGUUAUCUCAGACUGCGUACAAUGCAACCAAAGAAGCAAAAAAGUGACUGACUGAUGGUGUCACACUUCAGUCCAACCCCUGAAAUAGUGUUGCUGUGCUAUUAAUGAAUAUAAGAUCAGUCAUUGGCCUGAUAGUGUUAACACAGCCACUGUUACUACCUAAGUGAGCUCAGAUCAAAUGUACCAUCUGAACAAUUUUUUAAAGCUCUGAGACUCCAGCUGCGUUGGAUAGAGGUUUUCAAGACUACUUUUUUUUUAAUGACGUCUAAACCACUGGGGUUCAGCUACUCUGCUGUAAACUAAAGCAGAAAAUUGUAUUGUUCAAAA